AUGGCGGGUGUCAGGAAUGGGGCUGUAGAGAAUCUGGUCUCCAGCCUGGAGGAGGUCGCUCUCUCAGAUUUUCUUUCUAUUAAACACCGUCACCACAGUGCAGCUGUUCAGGUGAGAUGCACAUCAUACACGGAAGUCCGGCUCAUGACAAAUGGCUCCUCUUAGUGUGAGGGGCAGGUGGAGAUGAAUAUUUAUGGACAAUGGAGAGUGCUCUGUGCCUCCCACUGGACUCUGGCCAAUGCCAAUGUUGUCUGCCAUCAGCUCAGCUGUGGAGUUGCCAUCUCCACCCCAAAAGGAGCAGAAGGAAAUGAUCAGCUCUGGAAAGCCCAAUUUCACUGCUUGGGGAAUGAGUCCUUCCUGUGGGAGUACCCUGUCACUGCCCUGGGUGGUCCUGACUGUUCCCAUGGAAACAUGGCCUCUGUGAUCUGCUCAGGAAACCAGACCCAGGGGCUGCCCCAGUGCAACUACUUCCGGUCUGAACCAGCGGGCUCUGCGGCCUCAGAGGAGAGCGCCCCCUACUGCUCAGACAGCAGACAGCUCCGCCUGUUGGGUGAAGCCGGUCUCUGCACCGGAAGAGUGGAUAUCCUUGAUCAGGGCUCCUGGGGCACCAUUUGUGAUGACGGCUGGGACCUGGACGAUGCCCGCGUGGUGUGCAGACAGCUGGGCUGUGGACAAGCCCUCAAUGCCACCGGGUCUGCUCACUUCGGAGCGGGAUCAGGGCCCAUCUGGCUGGACGACCUGAAGUGCACAGGAAAGGAGUCCUACGUGUGGAAGUGCCCUUCCCGGGGGUGGGGGCGACACGACUGCAGACACAAGGAAGACACGGGAAUCAUUUGCUCAGAGUUCUUGGCUCUCAGGAUGGUGAAUGAGGACCAGCAGUGUGCUGGGUGGCUGGAAGUUUUCUACAACGGGAUCUGGAGCAGCGUCUGCCACAGCCCCAUGGAAGACAUCACCAUGUCCAUAAUCUGCAGACAGCAUGGCUGUGGGGACAGUGGAACCCUCAGCUCUUCUGUUGCUCUUAGGGAAGGUUCUAGACCCCGGUGGGUAGAUGGAAUCUGGUGUGGGAAAACUGACACCUCUCUCUGGCAGUGUCCUUCUGACCCUUGGAAUUACACUUCAUGCUCUCCAAAGAAGGAAGCCUACAUCUCAUGUGCAGGAAGAAGACCCAAGAGCUGUCCAACUGCUGCCCCCUGCAUAGACAGAGAAAAGCUCCGACUCAGGGGAGGAGACAGCGAGUGCUCAGGGCGGGUGGAGGUCUGGCACAGCAGCUCCUGGGGCACCGUGUGUGAUCACUCCUGGAGCCUGGCAGAGGCCGAGGUGGUGUGUCAGCAGCUGGGCUGUGGCCCGGCCCUGGAAGCCAUGCGGACUGCAGGGUUUGGCCCUGGAAAUGGGAGCAUCUGGCUGGAUGAGGUGCAGUGUGGGCGCGGGGAGUCCUCCCUGUGGGACUGUGCUGCGGAGCCCUGGGGGCAGAGCAACUGCAAGCACAAGGAGGAUGCUGGUGUGAGGUGCUCUGGUGCAAGGACAACAUUGCCCCCAAAUACAGCAGGAACCAGAACAACCUCAAAUCCUCUCUCUGGCGUCUUCUCCCUGCCUGGGGUCCUCUGCCUCAUCCUGGGGGCCCUACUCUUCCUGGUCCUCGUCAUCCUGGUGACUCAGCUGCUCAGAUGGAGAGCAGAGCGCAGAGCCUUAUCCAGCUAUGAGGAUGCUCUUGUUGAAGCCAUGUAUGAGGAGCUGGAUGACCUUGUGACACGGCAGGAGGGUCUUCUUGGCAGGCCAGGCUUCCUGUCAGAUGGUGAGGACAGCCAUGACUCCAGAUCCGUUCCAGCCCCAGAUCAAAGGACUGAUGCCCCUGGUGAGGAUUACAAUGAUGCUGAAGAGGUAGCAGUGCCUGGGGCUCUUCAUGACUCUUAGGGGAGCAAGGAGGAAAUGUUCCCAAAGAAGGAAGAUGGGCUGAGGUCUCAGACAGGCUCUUAUAUGAAUGUCUUUAGAGAGGAAGCUGAUUCUGGGGAAGGAGAAGAGAGCCCCUGGCUGCUCCAGGGGGAGAAAAGGGACCCUAGAUACGAUGAUGUUAAACUCAGUGCCCCUGGAACUUCCAGAGUGACUUUCCUGUGAUUUGUAUUAAAUACAA